AUGGCGUCGAGUGGAGGAGAUGGAGAACCGGACUGGGCUGCUGAUGUACGGCCGCUUUUAUCAGCUUCGUACACAGCUUUUGAAACGAAAGAGCUACCUCAGCUCAUAGGAUCCAUAAUAAACAGGUAAAAAUCGUCCCUGUCUGCGAAUUGCAGUGCUCUGUUGACGAGAAAGAGCUGCAUAUAACAGCUAGCUAGCCUGCUAACUUGGCUAGCUUCUUCACUCAGCUGGUUUGCAUAGUGUUAGCAUAGCGUGCUAGCUACAGUAGCUAUGUCCAGAAGGAAUCUGCUUCAUCAUCAGGCCGAAUAGGGUGUGUAGCGUUACGUGCUAGCCAUGUUAGCAGCUAGGUAAAACAUCCCUGACAUUGUAUACUGCAGCUUACGUUGAAGUAAACAUUAUUGUAAAACCAUAAAUUCUGAAGAGUUUGUCGUAUUUACAUGACAAUACAACAACCAGUUUUAAAGCCAAACAUUGUCACUUAGCUAACUAGCUUGCUAAAUUGAGGCUUUAGUUAGCCACAGCUGACGAGCUAGCCAGCAUUUCUAGCCUCGUAAGAAUCGAAAACGAAAGCUUAGCCUGUGGUUCUGUUACUUGAGCGUAAAUUGUUUGUCAUUAUGUUGCUGAUGGCAUUAUUGUUCUUGAAUGUUUUAGAUAAUAGUUAUAUAUGUCAACAUCACGAGCAGACAGCUGUUGAUGUGAUCGUUUCAAAUGUCAUUUGAUGUGGGCUAGCUAGUUAAGUUAGCUAGCUAAGUAUUCAAGAUCAACAUUCGACUUUGCACUCCCCGAUCAGUUCGAGUUGGCUAACGUUAGGUAACGUUAGCUCAAGGGGCUUUCAACAGCUACACAAUCUGGGAUAUUUCCUGCAGUUCAAUCAACGGUCGCUUCAGUUAUUGAUACCCAUUGAUUCUUGAAGAAUAUAGCUUAUAAAUGCCUGAGUUUAGUGCAACUAUCUCACCCUAUUAUAACCCAAAGAGUGAUAGGCCUAGCAAGGUUGUAUGCUUUUGUCAUUUGAGUACAAUGUUUUUAUAGCUUCAAAUGUUGUUAAAAAGUAUCAGAAUUUCAGAAUGUCAUGGACUGUUUCAGUCCUUCCAUCCAGAGAUGUCUGAAUUUGAGUGGUUAUUUCUCCAGCCCCUGAGCUGAAGUGGUGGGGCUGCGGUUGCACAUAUUUGAUCUAUCCAAACACUAGCAGAACUGAUUCAACUAGUCAACUAAUCAUCAAGUCUUUGGGUAGUUGAAUCAGGUGUACUGGAGUUUGGAUAGAUCAAAUACACUAUAUAUACAAAAGUAUGUGGAUACCCCUUCAAGUUAGUGGAUUCUGCUAUUUCAGCCACACUCUUUGCUGACAGGUGUAUAAAAUCGAGCACACAGCCAUGCAAUCUCCAUAGACAAACAUUGGCAGUAGAAUGGCCUCACUGAAGAGCUCAGUGACUUUGAACGUGGCACUGUCAUAGGAUGCCACCUUUUCAACAAGUCAGUUCGUCAAAUUUCUGCCCUGCUAGAGCUGCCCCGGUCAACUGUAAGUUGUCUAGGAGCAACAACGGCGAAGUGGUAAACCACACAAGCUCAAAGAACGGGACCGCUGAAGCGCGUAGCGUGUAAGAAUCGUCUGUCCUCGGUUGCCACACUCACUACCGAGUUCCAAACUGCCUCUGGAAGCAACGUCAGCACAAUAACCUUUCGUCGGGAGCUUCAUGAAAUGGGUUUCCAUGGCCGAGCAGCCGCACACAAUCCUAAAUUGACCAUGCGCAAUGCCAAGCGUCGGCUGGAGUGGUGUAAAGCUCGCCGCCAUUGGACUCUGGAGCAGUGGAAAAGCUUUCUCUGGAGUGAUGAAUCACGCUUCACCGUCUGGCAGUCCAACAGUCGAAUCUGGGUUUGGCGGAUGCCAGGAGAAUGCUACCUGCCCGACUGCAUAGUUUCAACUGUAAAGUUGGGUGGAGGAAGAAUAAUAAUCUAGGGCUGUUUUUCAUGGUUCGGGCUUGGCCCCUUAGUUCCAGUGAAGGGAAAUCUUAACGCUACAGUAUACAAUUACAGAGCCCUGACCUCAACCCCAUCAAACACCUUUGGGAUGAAUUGGAACGCCAACUGCGAGCCAGGCCUAAUCGCCCAACAUCAGUGCCCGAACUCACUAAUGCGCUUGCGGCUGAAUGGAAGCAAGUCUCCGCAGCAAUGUUCCAACAUCUAGUGGAAAGACCUUCCCAGAAGAGUGAAGGCUGUUAUAGCAGCAAAUGGGGGGGACCAACUCCAUAUUAAUGCCCAUGAUUUUGGAAUGAGAGGUCUGACAAGCAGGUGUCCACAUACUUUUGGGCAUGUAGUGUAUGUGCAAUAGCAGCUCUGCCACUUCAGCUCAGGGAGGGGGAUGGAGAAAUACAACCACUCAAAUUCACAGACACAUCUCUGAAUGCAAGGACUGACAGACAGUCCAUGACAUGAUACUUUUGAAAACAAAUGGAAGCUACAAAAAACAUUGUACUCAAGUUUAAAAUUUAAAAAUUUAAAAUGCCAUUUAGCAGACGCUUUUAUCCAAAGCGACUUACAGUCAUGCGUGCAUACAUUUUUUUUGUGUAUGGGUGGUCCCGGGGAUCGAACCCACUACCUUGGCGUUACAAGCGCCGUGCUCUACCAGCUGAGCUACAGAGGACAACAAAACAUACAACCAGAUAUGUGAAUCAGUUUGACCUGUGGCUGGUGGUCCCCCAGGACUCUAAACCACAACAUGUAGGGUCCUAGCAAAAUAAGUCCUCAGGGCUUGACAUGCAGGGCUGCCCGCUGGCUUGGGGAGGUUUUGGAAGCUCUCGGGGCCAGUCGAUCAUCCCCGUCAGUGGAACAGUGGGACACAUUUUUUUUGUCAUUAUGCUAUUUUUCAUCUAAGCUAUAUAAUUGAUUUAAAAAAUGAAAAAAGAUUCCCGAAGCUGUUUGUUCGUUAUCACACGCGCGCUGCUCACAUGUAGCCUAUAGAUAAUCUGUCAAGCAGAGUGGUCCUCUGUAGCUCAGCUGGUAGAGCACGGCGCUUGUAACGCCAAGGUAGUGGGUUCGAUCCCCGGGACCACCCAUACACAAAAAAAAAAAAUGCACGCAUGACUGUAAGUCGCUUUGGAUAAAAGCGUCUGCUAAAUGGCAUAUUAUUAUUAUUAUUAUUAUUGAGAGCUGCACACACUAACAGCUUGCUUGGAGCGGUUUACUGAUGACAGACAGCGGUAAGGGUAGAGUGGUAGGCAAGAUGUUCCCAGUGCUGAUAUCUACCAGUAAAUGCUAAGGCAAGAAUGGGUAUGCAAACCAGCUAUUUAAAGUCUUGCUUGAAUAUUUGCCAUAUGCAAUUCAGUCAUCAUGGAAUAGCCUACCUUGAAAAUCAGACGUUUUCUUUAGGCUCUUUUGGUCCUUGAAAAGUAAUUGAAGUUAUGGUAGGCAAUUUUUUUGUUGUUGAAGUUCUACUGUUCCAUUUCUGAUCAGUUUUCUCGAGAGAUGUAUUUGCUUAGUUUGUUUCCCGCAAUUUCAAUUGACAUGUGUUUUGCUGUAGUCUGUUGCGGUAAAACCACGUGUGGUUAUUAUGAGCAAGACGACACGGAGUUGUUGGCUUCAACUUGGUUUGUCAUACAAGGCGUUACAUUAAAAAGCGAACCCGUUUUUUUGGGUCGCUUUUUCAUUUUAAAGCGUGAUACAAUAACUCCUCAAUAACUCUUCAACCUCUCAAAUGAAGAGACUGACUAGCUACAUGGACAGACGUCCUUAGUGUGUUUGUGUCAGGAGCAUGCUGUCUAUUUAGUCAGGCAAUGGCCACAUUAUUCGGACAUAUUUUAGAAUGUAAAACUAGUGUGAAUGUCAAUGCAUAUUGCCAUUGUGUAGGCCUAUUAACAAAAUGCAUAAUUCUUAAAGUGGUAAUGCAUACUUUUUUUUGCAUACUUUUUGGGGGGAGUUUUUUCCCCCCUAUUAUUAAGGCUACUCAUUGGCUGACUUGUUCUUGUAUUUUGUUCUGUAUUUAUUCAUGACAUAGCAUAAUAUAUACUUGUCUUGAACUGUAGUUUUGUAAUGCAUUUGUUGUGUAUUUUGUAAUGACCCUCCCUCCUCAUUUCCCAUGUCGUUGCAGUGAAUCUGAGAUCCUACACCAUGAUAAACAGUAUGAGCCAUUCUACUCCUCCUUCGUGGCCCUCUCUGCACAUUACAUCACCACAGUCUGUGGACAAAGUACGUUCAGCUACCCAUUAACCACCCAAUAACUACCCAUUUGACUAGUUUAACUACUUCCUGAAUACCUACCGUUUUAACUACUUCCUGAAUACCUACCGUUUUAACUACUUCCUGAAUACCUACCAUUUAACUACUUCAACUAUUUCCUGAACACCUACCAUUUAACUACUUCCUGAAUACCUACCAUUUUAACUAAUUUAACUACUACUCCUUUGUACAUGUAUUUUGUUUUGUGAAAAGAGAAAAAAACAUUUGAUAGUAACGCGGAUACAGUAGCCUAAUUCUGCUUGCAGGCCUAUUUAUUUGGCUACUAAUGUAUCUGCGAAUUAGUAAUUAGAAGGCCACACAUGCAUGUUGUCUCACUCUGCUUCUUUUUGCCUAGCCUAGUUACAUUAGUGUUAGUUUGUGUUCUUCAUGGCCUUGUAGGUAUAUACAUGUACAUUACAAUUUUAUACAAAAUCUUUUGAUCACGAGGCAGUUCAUAUGAAAUCUAAUCUGUCGUCUUCCCUCAUCUGUUCUCUCCACCGUCCUCUAGUCCCCAGAAACCAGUUGCUGUCAGUAGCAGCGGCCUGUAAAGUAUUGAUUGAGUUCUCACUGCUGCGGCUGGAGAACCCCGACGAAGCAUGCGCCGUCUCACAGGUGAGAGAAGAAGGAAGUGCAUAGACCGUCCAAUCCUCAAGCCUGUUCCCAGAGCUGUUUUGUGCUGUUUUUUCCCAACUCCUAUAGUCAAUUGGUCACGCCAGAGUUGGGAAGACCGCGCAAACAGAUCUGGGAUCAGGCAGGCUAUCCAUCCUCCACUGCGUUUAUCUAAACCUGCCCUGUGUAUUUUAUCUAGUCUGUUUUCCCACAGACGGGCAGCAGGGAUUUGAUUUUUUUCCUGUUUAAUCUGGAAUUCCUCCAUGCAGUGCCUUCAGAAAGUAUUUACACCCCUUGACUUUUUCCACAUUUUGUUGUUACAGCCUGAAUUUAAAAAUGGAAUAAAUUGAGAUUUUGUGUCACUGAUCUACACACAAUACCCCAUAAUGUCAAAGUGGAAAUUAAGAUUUCUGAAAAUGUUUACAAAUUAAUAAAAAAUUAAAAGCUGAUAAUGUCUCCAGUCAAUAAGUAUUCAACCCCUUUAUGGCAAGCCUAAAUUAGUUCAGGACUAAAAAUGUGCUUAACAAGUCACAUAAGAAGUUGCAUGGACUUUUACUCUGUGUGCAAUAAUAGUUUUUAACAUGAUUUUUAAAUGACUACCCCGUCUCUGUACCCUACAGAUACAAUGAUCUGUAAGGUCCCUAAAUCGAGCAGUGAAUUUCAAGCACACAUUCAACCACAAAGACCAGGGAGGUUUUCCUAUGGUUCGCAAAGAAGGGCACCUACUGGUUGAUGGGUAAAAAUAAGAAAAGUAGACCUUGAAUAUGCCUUUUGAGCAUAGUGAAGUUAUUAAUUACACUUUGGAUGGUGGAUCAAUACCAGGGCCUAAAAUUUACUUUUUUUGUGCACCAGCCACUGUAUCAAGUAGAUUUUAAAAAUCUUCCGGCCACUCAGAUUUUUUUACUAGGCAAAAUAUUUUUGUUCGUUGAAAUUACACCAUCAAAACACAAAACGGAUGAGCAUGCUUUGAAAUGUUUCUAAAACAAUAAAUGUUCGGAAAUUAUUCAGACCCCUUGACUUUUUCCACAUUUUGUUACAUUAGCCUUAUUCUAAAAUAGAUUAAAUAAAAACAUUUACUCAUCAAUCUACACACAAUACCCCAUAAUGACAAAGUGAAAACUGGGUUUAUUUUUGCAUAUAUAUAAUACAUUUUACUAUGACAUUUACAUAAGUAUACAGACCCUUUACUUAGUACUUUGUUGAAGCACCUUUGGCAGCAAUUACAGCCUCGAGUCUUCUUGGGUAUGACGUUUCAAGCUUGGCACACCUGUAUUUGGGGAGUUUCUCCCAUUCUUCUCUGCAGAUCCUCAAGCUCUGUCAGGUUGGAUGGGCAGCGUCGCUGCACAGCUAUUUUCAGGUCUCUCCAGAGAUGUUCGAUCAGGUUCAAGUCCGGGCUCUGGCUGGGCCACUCAAGGACAUUCAGAGACUUGUGCCGAAGCCACUCCUACGUUGUCUUGGCUGUGUGAUUAGGGUCGUUUUCCUGUUGGAAGGGUCAACCUUCGCCCCAGUCUGAGGUCCUGAGCGCUCUGGAGCAGGUUUUCAUCAAGGAUCUCACUGUACUUUGGUCCAUUCAUCUUUCCCUCGAUCCUGACGUCUCCCAGUCCCUUCAGCUGAAAAACAUCCCCACAGCAUGAUGCUGCCACCACCAUGCUUCACCGUAGGGAUGGUGCCAGGUUUCCUCCAGAUGUGACGCUUGGAAUUCAGGCCAAAGAGUUCAAUCUUGGUUUCAUCAGACCAGAGAAUCUUGUUUCUCAUGGUCUGAGAGUCUUUAGGUGCCUUUUGGCAAACUCCAAGCGGGCUGUCAUGUGCCUUUUACUAAGGAGUGGCUUCCGUCUGGCCACUCUACCAUAAAGGCCUGAUUGGUGGAGUGCUGCAGAGAUGGUUGUCCUUCUGGAAGUUUCUCCCAUCUCCACAGAGGAACUCUAGAGCUCUGUCAGAGUGACCAUCGGGUUCUUGGUCACCUCCCUGACCAAGGCCAUUCUCCCCCGAUUGCUCAGUUUGGCCGGGCGGCCAGCUCUAGGAAGAGUCUUGGUGGUUCCAAACUUCUUCCAUUGAAGAAUGAUGGAGGCCACUGUGUUCUUGGGGACCUUCAAUGCUGCAGAAAUGUUUUGGUACCCUUCCCCAGAUCUGUGCCUCGACCAAAUCCUGUCUUGGAGCUCUACGGACAAUUCCUUCGACCUCAUGGCUUGGUUUUUGCUCUGACAUGCACUGUCAACUGUGGGACCUUAUAUAGACAGGUGUGUGCCUUCCAAAUCAUGUCCAAUCAAUAGAAUUUACCACAGGUGGACUCCAAUCAAGUUGUAGAAACAUCUCAAGGAUGAUCAAUGGAAACAGGAUGCACCUGAGCUCAAUUUCGAGUCUCAUAGCAAAGGGUCUGUUUUUAAUUUUUAAUAAAUUAGCAAAAAAUUAUAAAAAACUGUUUUCGAUUUGUCAUUAUGGGGUAUUGUGUUUAGAUCGAUGAGGAAAAUGUUUUAUUUGAUCCAUUUUAGAAUAAGGCUGUAAAGUAACAAAGUGGAAAAAGGUAAGGGGUCUGAAUACUUUCCGAAUGCACUGUAUUUUCAAGCAUGGUGGUUACCGCAUGUUAUGGGUAUGCUUGUCAUCGGCAAGGACUGGAGUUUUUUUUAGGAUAAAAAAAAAAAGUAAUAGAUCUAAGCACAGGCAAAAUCCUAGAAGAAGACCUGGUUCAGUUUUACAACAGACACUGAGACAAAUUCACCUUUUCAGCAGGACAAUAACCUAAAACACAAGGCCAAAUAUACAAUGGAGUUGCUUACCAAGACGACAUCGAAUGUUCCUGAGUGGCCUAGUUAUAGUUUUGACUUCAAUCGACUUGAAAACCUAUGGCAAGACUUGAAAAUGGCUGUCUAGCAAUGAUCAACAACCAACUUGACAGAGCUUGACACAUAAAAAAAAAGAGUAAUGGGCAAAUAUUGUACAAUCCAGGUGUGCAAAGCUAUUAGAGAUUGACCCAGAAACACUCAACUGUAAUGCCAAAUACUAAUCUAAUCAAUAUAUAUUACUGUUUUAUUUUCCAGUUUAUACUAAAUCAAAUAGAAAUUUCUUCCACUUUGACAUUAUUUUGUGUAGAUAAUUUACAAAAAAUAGCAAAUCCAUUUUUUUUAUCCCACUUUUCGACACAACCAUGUGGGGAAAAGUCAACGGUUGUGAAAACUUUCUGAAAGCGAUGUGUAUAAUUGAAACUCACCUAAUUCCUUUUGCAAAAUCCUGAUAUUCUUGUGUUGUCCUGGUCACAUCCCAGUAAGACUGUCCAUUUUCCUGUUCUCCACCCUCUUCUCUUCAGAAACACCUGAUCCUCUUGAUCAAGGGGUUGUGUACUGGCUGCAGCCGCCUGGACAGGACCGAGAUCAUCACCUUCACAGCCAUGAUGAAGUCGGCCAAACUGCCCCAGACCGUCAAGACACUCUCCGACGGUGAGUCCUCUGCUUUGCUGAGAUCCAAUCUCACUGUAUCAACAUUGUUAAAGGUAGACUCGGUAGAUAAGUAUCAGUUCAUUCUGUGGUCCUCUGUAGCUCAGCUGGUAGAGCACGGCGCUUGUAACGCCAAGGUAGUGGGUUCGAUCCCCGGGACCAUCCAUACGUAAAAAUGUAUGCACACAUGACUGUAAGUCGCUUUGGAUAAAAGCGUCUGCUAAAUGGCAUUAUUAUUAUUAUUAUUAUUAUUAUUAUUAUUCUGCCUAUGUUGUUGGAUUAUGUAAAAUAUAGCCUAUACAAUUUUUAGGGUGACAAUGUUUGUAAACAAACCAAUGGAUUAUAUGAUGUCAUGCUUUGCAAGCGACUGAGCUCAGUCAUUUUUGGCGCCAACAGGGUUAGGGUUAGACAGCUAUGGUGCUAGUCUACUCAACAGGGUUAGGGUUAGACAGCUAUGGUGCUAGUCUACUCAACAGGGUUAGGGCCAGACAGCUAUGGUGCUAGUCUACUCAACAGGGUUAGGGCCAGACAGCUAUGGUGCUAGUCUACUCAACAGGGUUAGGGUUAGACAGCUAUGGUGCUAGUCUACUCAACAGGGUUAGGGUUAGACAGCUAUGGUGCUAGUCUACUCAACAGGGUUAGGGUUAGACAGCUAUGGUGCUAGUCUACUCAACAGGGUUAGGGUUAGACAGCUAUGGUGCUAGUCUACUCAACAGGGUUAGGGCCAGACAGCUAUGGUGCUAGUCUACUCAACAGGGUUAGGGUUAGACAGCUAUGGUGCUAGUCUACUCAACAGGGUUAGGGUUAGACAGCUAUGGUGCUAGUCUACUCAACAGGGUUAGGGCCAGACAGCUAUGGUGCUAGUCUACUCAACAGGGUUAGGGCCAGACAGCUAUGGUGCUAGUCUACUCAACAGGGUUAGGGUUAGACAGCUAUGGUGCUAGUCUACUCAACAGGGUUAGGGUUAGACAGCUAUGGUGCUAGUCUACUCAACAGGGUUAGGGCCAGACAGCUAUGGUGCUAGUCUACUCAACAGGGUUAGGGUUAGACAGCUAUGGUGCUAGUCUACUUGUUGCUAAGUUGUUCCCCAUGAUGAAAUUGGGGAGGGAACUGUGGAUCGGCCGCCGUCUAUCCAUCCGUUCAUACGUUAGUCACGCGGUAUCUCAGACAGCACUGGCCCUAUUUGAUUAAACUUGGGGGAAUGAAGCGUCUUGCCAUAGAGAUCCGGCAUUUACUAAAUUACACUGAUUGGCCCAAGGGGGGAGCGAUGGUAAUGAACUGAAAUGUGUGAGUCCUUCUUCUCCAGCAGGGGGUGUUUUUUCUCUCUCACCAAGCGAGGAGUUUUUGUAUGGAAGUCAAAGUGUUGAAUUUGGUUUACAAAAAAAUUGAAUGGUUUAUUUGCUCGAAUAGAAGUUUCCUAGUGCUUAGGUUGUCAAGAGGGUACUGAUAAGUAGGACACGUGACAUCCUGGCAACUUUGAGAGAGAAAAAAAUAUUUUAUAUUGGUUCUGCCUGUUGUUCACACGCGUGUAUCUGUACCUGAUCUUGCCUCCUCCCGACUGCUGUUCCAAAAUAUUUUGGAAAACAUGGCGACCGUUUUUUUGAGCUGAAGCGAGAGAAAAUCAACUCCCAUGUUUGAGUGAGAUGUUAGCCAUUCGUGUCUCGUAUGUUACUCCACUACAAUAUUAUAUAACGAUACGUUAAUACGUACAUGCUGUGUUCAGUUUGUCAUGUUUAACUGCCGAAAGUAUCCACGGUGACGCGCAUGCUAAGUCAAAUAGGCUAAUUCGCUAGCUAGCCAUGUAGAUUUUACAUAUUUGUUUUUCGUUUUAGAUUUGUUUUUUUUGUAUGUUUAACUAGCUGGCUAGCUGAAUGAAUACCAUUUAUAAUUCCUAGCUUAGAUUUGUGAAGUAAAACGUUUUCUAAAUCUAGUCAUCCUUAUAUUUGCGUUGCCAUUUGACUUGACUGGCAGGAGGUUGAGUGGAUACCCAGGGCAGCGGCGAGACCUCUUUGUUAGAUAAUACAUUCCAGUACAAAUGUGGAAGCAAACAGGCAGCAACAAGCUAUAGCUAUAGGAAAUACAUGGGGAAAUUGAGUUUGAAGUUAAAAUAUGCUUCAUAAAAAAAUCUAUUAUUGUUGUCCAUGUGCUCAUUGCUCAUCAUUGCUCCAGUGUCUCAUACCCCACUCUAUUGCCAGCAACAUUGCUCUGCAAUAUUGCCUAAGAAAAUGACCAGUGUAUCAAGGCCUUUUGUCUCGGAAAUCCCAGAGCUAUGCUGAAACAUUGUUAACAUUGUGGGAGGCAAGCUGUCAGCUUAGGGAGAUGGAAAAAACAUGGGGAUGAAAUAACUGAUUGCUGCACAGUUUAGUUUCCUGUCACUAACCACGUUUCCAUCCACAGUUUAGUUUCCUGUCACUAACCACGUUUCCAUCCACAGUUUAGUUUCCUGUCACUAACCACGUUUCCAUCCACAGUUUAGUUUCCUGUCACUAACCACGUUUCCAUCCACAGUUUAGUUUCCUGUCACUAACCACGUUUCCAUCCACAGUUUAGUUUCCUGUCACUAACCACGUUUCCAUCCACAGUUUAGUUUCCUGUCACUAACCACGUUUCCAUCCACAGUUUUUAUGCGGGAAGUUUUGUUAACAUUUUAUAAAUGCCUGUGGGAAUCGAACCCACAACCCUGGCGUUGCAAACGCCAUGCUCUACCAACUGAGCUACAUCCCUGCCGGCCAUUCCCUCCCCUACCCUGGACGACGCAGGGCCAAUUGUGCGCCGCCCCAUGGGUCUCCCGGUCGCGGCCGGCUACGACAGAGCCUGGACUCGAACCAGGAUCUCUAGUGGCACAGCUAGCACUGCGAUGCAGUGCCUUAGACCUCUUAGACUUUUGUGUGCACUACGUUGUCACGCACUGAUUUUUUAUCUGCAACAAGUCCAUUUGGUAGAAACACCACUGUUGGGAAAAUGCCUAAUAUUUAAGAAUAUUCGCAUGAAAAUCUGUCACCGAUUGGAUGGAAACCUAGCUAUUGUUGUAUAAUAUGAAACUGCUCAUGCGCUUGUGGUCUAGACCUUGUCUUAUCAGUCUAUGAACAUGUAUAUGUAGGGCCCUAUAAAAUCUGUGUUGCGGAGAACCGGGUAUGUCUCCACUUUGUGUAGCCAUUAGUGAAAAUGCUAAUGAUAACCUUCUUCUGGUAGAGAUGGAAAGGCUUUUCAAAAAAUUAAAUGUUAUAGCCCAAAUACAGUCUUUGACAUUUUAUUUUUAAAUCAUCACUGUAUGUCUAGUACAUUUUAUGAAAAUAACUCAUUUUUGUAAAAAUGUAUUUCCCUGAUCCACCUUUGGCCCUUGAAAUGCUCAGUCUGAUCGUGUGGGUGUUAGGAAACAAAUUUGAAGAUAUUUUCCAUACACAGCCCUGAUUAGCUGAUUGGAUGGUCUAGAGCCCACCCCCUUACCCAGAUGAACAGUCAUUGGUCUAUUGUAAUCAGAUCACAUUGUGACGUCAUGAUGUGGGCCAAAAGUUCCAUCCUGCCUGAACAGGCUGAAAUUCCAGGUUUUUUUUCCAAACCGCUCGUACACAAAAAAGGCAUCAUAAUUUUCUAAAUUUCAGAGUGUUAUUUCUACCUCCCAGUGUAAAAAAUAAAGGAAAAUCGCAUUUUAACUGCACUGCCCCUUUAUCUACAAUGUAGCUUAUGCCUACCUGGCAUGAUAUCAUGAUAAUUUGCAUCAAUCCAGUUGCCAUUUGUUUAGCAAACUCUGCAAUCACAUGACAAUCACCCAACAAUCUGAAUUUCUAAGAUUUUUCCCAGACCUCGAAAGUGGUCUCCUCAUGCGGUUUAAGCAUUGUGUUGUGGACUUAGAACAUCAAAUUGUGUUUUCCUAUUUAAAAAAAAAAAAAGUGUGAUUAUUCUUUUUUUCUACGGAAACCUGAAAAAAUAGGGGGGGAAUCGGGGGGGGAAAUAUUUAAUAGAGCCCUAUAUACUGUUAUUUAGAAGAUAUUCUAUUUGACUUUAUUGGGUUCUAUCCUAUACUCCAGUCUAUUGGUCUAGACAGUGUCUCAUCACCAGUCUAUGGACCAGUGUUAUUUGACUAGUGCUGGGCUGUGCUGGCAGAAAGAGAGCUUUGUUCCCCUGCUUCUGUCAGUAGGGAUUUAGCCCUCGCACAUUCCCACAUGGAUGGUCAUUGGUCCCUGCCCAGGGACAGGGUUGUGUGUCUGUGUGUGCUUGUCAGUGUUUUCUGUAUUUGUGUGUCUGUCUGUGUGUGUGUAGACCUGUGUGUCCUGUAGUGUUGUCACGAUACCAGAAUUUUGACUUCGAUACCAUGUUUAGUAUCACGAUACUCGAUAUCAUAUUAGCCAAAGUCAUAGAAUGUCACUCGAUCCAAACAGAUAAACUCGGCUACUGCUCUGUUCAAUCGGUGGGCAUCUUUUCAGUUCAAUAUCAUUAGAUUUUAAAUGUUUUACGUCAAACAUGUUCAGAGACAGCCAUGUAUACAUUAAGGAAUCAAUUAGACAAUCAAUUUGACUUUUGUUUUAAUCUAUCUAACUACGUAACAUAAUCGUAAUCAUUUAUUUGAAUGGUAAAUCUCUUGAUAAACUGGGUAAAUUUAAGAAAAUAUUCACAAUACAGGUGAAUGCAUAUUCAAAAGGUUUGUGUGCAUGCAUUGAGUUAUUGAGCUUGAUUUUGGCUGUUUUUAAUGUGGCUACAGAUUGACAAACAAUCUGUAUCCCUUUCAUGUGGCAUUUAUUUUAUUGUAGUCAUCAACAACAUUUGCAUAGAAGUAGCUUAUUUUUAUAAAAGUGUGCCCUGUCUCUUUAACCAGUAAUUACGUCAUUUACGGCCUGUCGGAAGCCCUCAGUUCUCUGAGGCAAUACAUAUUUGCCUGAGGGAGAGACGUGAGGGAGACUGAUUUUAAGUGAAUGAAUAAAGUUAUGGGUGGCAAUCGGCUUUGAAAACAGCAUAUUUUGCGUUAUGGUUUUGCAUGUUAUCACUGCGCCACUCGGAAGGCCCGUAUUACGUUUCUUUUUAUAAUAAAAUAAAAAAAACUCCAUACUUCUUGCCGAUGACAAGCAUACCCAUAACAUGAUGCAGCCACCACCAUUCAACUUUUCAUUUGUAAUUAAUUUGUAUACAUCAUUCUGACAACAAACAAAAUUCCACGGACAUUAUGGGGUAUUGUGCGUAGGCCAGUGACACAAAAUAUACAUUUAAUCCAUUUUUAAAUUCAGGCUGUAACACAACAAAAUGUGGAAAAUGUCAAGCGGUGUGAAUACUUUCUGAAGGCACUGUAGCCUACAAAGCUGGAAUCUACCGGUAUCUUUUUUGCAUUGUGAAGUUAUUCUAGCCUGUGUGGUCAUUGUUUUGCGAACAGUGAUGAACAGUUUCAAUAUUUCUUCAUGCCGUGUCGCAUUAUUCAACUAACUGUGUUAACUUCUGUGCAUGGUGAGUGGGGAGCUCAUAUGAUUUAGCCCAGUCUUCCAGUGCAGGCUAGCAGUGAGCAAGUGGAGCAGGCAGGGUGGGGAGCUAACAUGAUGCAGACCAGACUCCCAGUGCAGGCUAGCAGUGAGCAAGUGGAGCAGGCAGGGUGGGGAGCUAACAUGAUGCAGACCAGACUCCCAGUGCAGGCUAGCAGUGAGCAAGUGGAGCAGGCAGGGUGGGGAGCUAACAUGAUGCAGACCAGACUCCCAGUGCAGGCUAGCAGUGAGCAAGUGGAGCAGGCAGGGUGGGGAGCUAACAUGAUGCAGACCAGACUCCAGUGCAGGCUAGCAGUGAGCAAGUGGAGCAGGCAGGGUGGGGAGCUAACAUGAUGCAGACCAGACUCCCAGUGCAGGCUAGCAGUGAGCAAGUGGAGCAGGCAGGGUGGGGAGCUAACAUGAUGCAGACCAGACUCCCAGUGCAGGCUAGCAGUGAGCAAGUGGAGCAGGCAGGGUGGGGAGCUAACAUGAUGCAGACCAGGCUCCCAGUGCAGGCUAGCAGUGAGCAAGUGGAGCAGGCAGGGUGGGGAGCUAACAUGAUGCAGACCAGACUCCCAGUGCAGGCUAGCAGUGAGCAAGUGGAGCAGGCAGGGUGGGGAGCUAACAUGAUGCAGACCAGGCUCCCAGUGCAGGCUAGCAGUGAGCAAGUGGAGCAGGCAGGGUGGGGAGCUAACAUGAUGCAGACCAGACUCCCAGUGCAGGCUAGCAGUGAGCAAGUGGAGCAGGCAGGGUGGGGAGCUAACAUGAUGCAGACCAGACUCCCAGUGCAGGCUAGCAGUGAGCAAGUGGAGCAGGCAGGGUGGGGAGCUAACAUGAUGCAGACCAGACUCCCAGUGCAGGCUAGCAGUGAGCAAGUGGAGCAGCAGGGUGGGGAGCUAACAUGAUGCAGACCAGACUCCCAGUGCAGGCUAGCAGUGAGCAAGUGGAGCAGGCAGGUGGGGAGCUAACAUGAUGCAGGACCAGACUCCCAGUGCAGGCUAGCAGUGAGCAAGUGAGCAGGCAGGGUGGGGAGCUAACAUGAUGCAGACCAGACUCCCAGUGCAGGCUAGCAGUGAGCAAGUGGAGCAGGCAGGGUGGGGAGCUAACAUGAUGCAGACCAGACUCCCAGUGCAGGCUAGCAGUGAGCAAGUGGAGUAGGCAGGGUGGGGAGCUAACAUGAUGCAGACCAGGACUCCCAGUGCAGGCUAGCAGUGAGCAAGUGGAGCAGGCAGGGUGGGGAGCUAACAUGAUGCAGACCAGACUCCCAGUGCAGGCUAGCAGUGAGCAAGUGGAGCAGGCAGGGUGGGGAGCUAACAUGAUGCAGACCAGACUCCCAGUGCAGGCUAGCAGUGAGCAAGUGGAGCAGGCAGGGUGGGGAGCUAACAUGAUGCAGACCAGACUCCCAGUGCAGGCUAGCAGUGAGCAAGUGGAGCAGGCAGGGUGGGGAGCUAACAUGAUGCAGACCAGACUCCCAGUGCAGGCUAGCAGUGAGCAAGUGGAGCAGGCAGGGUGGGGAGCUAACAUGAUGCAGACCAGACUCCCAGUGCAGGCUAGCAGUGAGCAAGUGGAGCAGGCAGGGGUGGGGAGCUAACAUGAUGCAGACCAGACUCCCAGUGCAGGCUAGCAGUGAGCAAGUGGAGCAGGCAGGGUGGGGAGCUAACAUGAUGCAGACCAGACUCCCAGUGCAGGCUAGCAGUGAGCAAGUGGAGCAGGCAGGGUGGGGAGCUAACAUGAUGCAGACCAGACUCCCAGUGCAGGCUAGCAGUGAGCAAGUGGAGCAGGCAGGGUGGGGAGCUAACAUGAUGCAGACCAGACUCCCAGUGCAGGCUAGCAGUGAGCAAGUGGAGCAGGCAGGGUGGGGAGCUAACAUGAUGCAGACCAGGCUCCCAGUGCAGGCUAGCAGUGAGCAAGUGGAGCAGGCAGGGUGGGGAGCUAACAUGAUGCAGACCAGACUCCCAGUGCAGGCUAGCAGUGAGCAAGUGGAGCAGGCAGGGUGGGGAGCUAACAUGAUGCAGACCAGACUCCCAGUGCAGGCUAGCAGUGAGCAAGUGGAGCAGGCAGGGUGGGGAGCUAACAUGAUGCAGACCAGACUCCCAGUGCAGGCUAGCAGUGAGCAAGUGGAGCAGGCAGGGUGGGGAGCUAACAUGAUGCAGACCAGACUCCCAGUGCAGGCUAGCAGUGAGCAAGUGGAGCAGGCAGGGUGGGGAGCUAACAUGAUGCAGACCAGACUCCCAGUGCAGGCUAGCAGUGAGCAAGUGGAGCAGGCAGGGUGGGGAGCUAACAUGAUGCAGACCAGACUCCCAGUGCAGGCUAGCAGUGAGCAAGUGGAGCAGGCAGGGUGGGGAGCUAACAUGAUGCAGACCAGACUCCCAGUGCAGGCUAGCAGUGAGCAAGUGGAGCAGGCAGGGUGGGGAGCUAACAUGAUGCAGACCAGACUCCCAGUGCAGGCUAGCAGUGAGCAAGUGGAGCAGGCAGGGUGGGGAGCUAACAUGAUGCAGACCAGACUCCCAGUGCAGGCUAGCAGUGAGCAAGUGGAGCAGGCAGGGUGCGCUCCGUGGCGGACGUCGGCUGCGCUGAAAGACGGACCUGUUUUGAUCCUUGAGCCCCAUUUUGACAGAAGUGCUGAAAGUAACAAACAUUCUAGUACCGAACCGCUUUUCAUGUUGUAGUAUCAAAGUUUCGGUAUACCGUGGAACACUAGAGUCUCUCGUGUGUCUCUGAGUCUGUCUGUUUCUUUUCCGUCUUUGUUAUGUCCAUGUCUACGUGUGUUCGGUUUCUCUCCUGUCUCUACCGGUCUGUGUCUACCGGUCUGUCUCACUCUGCCCUGUGUCUCCCCCUCUCUCAGUGGAGGACCAUAAGGAGGUGCUGUCUCCAGUGAACCCUGAGCUGCGACACAAGGAAGUACAGAUGAACUUCUUCAACCAGCUGACCUCUGUGUUCAACCCUGACCUCACCCUGCUGGCCUCUCCCUCAGGACACACACAGGUCAGUGUAACAGGAAGAGCAGACUAGGAACUGUAAGAUGGGGAUUGACAAUCGACCAGACUAGGAGCAAUGUGCUUUUGAUUAUAUUCACUUUGCAUUUUGAAGGGAUAGUUGUAUCUUAUUUCCGACUUACCGACGGGGUCGUUUCAUGUCAAUUUGUAUUUGCAUUUUCACUUCUGAAACACAAAGGGGGGUUUUGUAAUUCAGUCUUUUACUGUUGUGCUGCCUGUUCAGGCGGAGAGUGAGAGUGACGACCAGGCCACGACAGACCAGACCUUCCAGGCCAAAAUGAAGAAUGCCUUCGUGUCCCAGAACGUGUCCAGUCUCCAGGAGCUGGGCGGGUCAGAGAAGUUGCUGCGUGUCUGCCUCAACCUCCCUUACUUCCUGCGCUAUAUCAACCGGUUCCAGGACGCCGUCUCGGCCAACUCCUUCUUCAUCAUGCCCGCCACCGUCGGAGACGCAACCGCUGUCCGCAACGGGUGGGUUGUGCGAAUUUUGGGGGGAGUGUUUCUGGAAUUUUUGGGGAUUUGUAUUUCUAGAACUUUGCCAACAAACCUACUUGUCUUACCGAACAGAUUUCUCUGGUCCUCCAAUAUAUUGCCGCUCUAUAGCGAUCAAUACGUUUGGAUGAGUGAUUUGUUGUUGUCAUAGAACAAAUACGUUCAAGUCAGUUGUCUUGUCUAUUUAUAGUUGGACCGAGACCCAUAUAUGGACCCACUUUGUUGAUGUAUUAGUGCUCCGAGUUGGUUCUUGUACUUAUCAUUUAAUGCCGUGUCCAGCUGCUGAUGUGCAUUGGGAGGCAGUAUCCCUCUGAGCUCUCUAGCUCUCUCUUUUUGAUCUGUCAUGUUAUUCACGCAUCAUCAUCAAUAUUUCUGGCUCACUGCCACUGCUUACCUCAGUGUGUUUUUGUGGUGUCGCUGACAUUGUGUGUGACCUCUCUGACUUGGUCCCCCCCCCCCUCAGGUUCCACUCCCUGGUGAUAGAUGUGACCAUGGCCCUGGACACCCUGUCCCUGCCCGUCCUGGAGCCACUGACCCCUGGGAGACUGCUGGACAUGACUGUCCUGGCCCUCAGCUGUCUCUACGCCGGUACGUUAUGGGUUCAGUGUUGGGUUCCAUCUCUGGUUUGGACACGGAUAGGAGCGUACUGUCCCUUUUUUAAUGGCAGAGUAUAGUCAAGUCAACUUUUCAAGCUGAUAGUGCUGAGCGAUUUAGUGCUUUCUGAUGUAGUUUCGGUAAGGUUAUAAAUGGAUUAUCACGGAUUUCUAUAAUUUUUUUGAACAUUAAAUGCACUAUGCAUUAAUGUGGGUUGAAUGCUGUAACAACACAGAAUAAAAAUAUCAAGAAGUGUCCCAUGAUGGUAGUGACUGCCCAUUACUGCUUAUUUUUUUAAUUUUACCUUUAUUUAACUAGGCAAGUCAGUUAAGAACAAAUUCUUAUUUACAAUGACGGCCUACACCGGCCAAACCCGGACGACGCUGGCCCAAUUGUGCGCCGCCCUAUGGGACUCCCAAUCACAGCCGGUUGUGAUACAGCCUGGAAUCGAACCAGGGGGUCUGUAGUGACACCUCAAGCGCUGAGAUGCAGUGCCUUAGACCGCUGAGAGGCAGUGCCUUAGACCGCUGAGACGCAGUGCCUCAGACCGCUGAGAUGCAGUGCCUUAGACCGCUGAGAUGCAGGGCCUUAGACCGCUGAGAUGCAGUGCCUUAGACCGCUGAGACGCAGUGCCUCAGACCGCUGAGAUGCAGUGCCUUAGACCGCUGAGAUGCAGUGCCUUAGACCGCUGAGAUGCAGUGCCUCAGACCGCUGAGAUGCAGUGCCUUAGACCGCUGAGAUGCAGUGCCUUAGACCGCUGAGAUGCAGUGCCUUAGACCGCUGAGAUGCAGUGCCUUAGACCGCUGAGAUGCAGUGCCUUAGACCGCUGAGACGCAGUGCCUUAGACCGCUGAGACGCAGUGCCUUAGACCGCUGAGACGCAGUGCCUUAGACCGCUGAGAGGCAGUGCCUUAGACCGCUGAGACGCAGUGCCUCAGACCGCUGAGAUGCAGUGCCUUAGACCGCUGAGAUGCAGUGCCUUAGACCGCUGAGAUGCAGUGCCUUAGACCGCUGAGAUGCAGUGCCUUAGACCGCUGAGAUGCAGUGCCUUAGACCGCUGAGAUGCAGUGCCUUAGACCGCUGAGAUGCAGUGCCUUAGACCGCUGAGACGCAGUGCCUUAGACCGCUGAGACGCAGGGCCUUAGACCGCUGAGAUGCAGGGCCUUAGACCGCUGAGAUGCAGGGCCUUAGACCGCUGAGAUGCAGUGCCUUAGACCGCUGAGACGCAGUGCCUUAGACCGCUGAGAUGCAGGGCCUUAGACCGCUGAGAUGCAGGGCCUUAGACCGCUGAGACGCAGUGCCUUAGACCGCUGCGAUGCAGUGCCUUAGACCGCUGAGACGCAGUGCCUUAGACCGCUGAGACGCAGUGCCUUAGACCGCUGAGACGCAGUGCCUUAGACCGCUGAGAUGCAGUGCCUUAGACCGCUGAGAUGCAGUGCCUUAGACCGCUCCGCUGUUUUAUUUGAUUACUUUAUUAUUUAAUUCCAAGUCAUCUCAACAUCACUAUUUUAGUAGUUCUUCAAAGUAAAUAAGGCAUACUUUUAUGACUGCUGAAUACCAACUAUCAAUCACUUGUGGUCCUCUGUAGCUCAGCUGGUAGAGCACGGCGCUUGUAACGCGAAGGUAGUGGGUUCGAUCCCCGGGACCACCCAUACACUAAAAAAAUUGUAUGCACACAUGACUGUAGGUCUCUUUGGAUAAAAGCGUCUGCUAAAUGGCAUAUUAUUAUUAUAUUAUUACUUGGAUCAUGUAUUUUCAGGUAGAGAUGCGAAGCAACUGCCCUCUUAUUCCUCUCCAUCACACGUCUUCCAUCUCUUCUGCCCCACGCAGACCGGACACGUAGGCGCAAUGAAUUAUGGUCAUUGUAGUUAAUUACAACAUUUUCUGUGCUGAACAAUGUAGAUUAUCGGCCUGUUGGAAACUACAACUCCCUAAUACAUCGCACAGUUCGGGCUUGAUCUGAUUAGUCUCUAGAGAAACUGCGCAUUGAGCUGAAAAAAUAAACAAAUGCUAAAUGGGAUUCAAGUAAUUGAACACACGUCGGUCAAUGAGUUGUUUAAAAACCGGAAAAUGACCGACAUUUCGGAUAAUCGCUCAGCACUACAAGCUGAAAAUCAAUAUUCUUCUGACUGGGCUUAAUCAUGAGUUCUGUACAAUGAUUUUAGUCUGGAAAUCAUUUAUUUAGUGGAAAUAUGUUUUACUUUGGUUUUGACUUCUCCUGCUCCUACCUCCUAAUCAUGGUUGCUGCCUCAUCAUUGACUGACUGUAUCUAUAAUACUAAUGCGUGCUCCUCCUCUCCUCCAGGCGUGAGCGUUGCCACGUGCAUGGCCAUCCUGCAGGUUGGCAGCGGCCUGCAGCUUCGCACAGCCUCCACCGGCUCCAAAGAGGAGGACUAUGAAAAUGACGCUGCUACCAUCGUACAGAAAUGUGUAAGUGUAUAUAUAUUGAGUGUACAAAAUUUUAAGAACACUUUCCUAAUAUUGGGUUUCAACCCCUUUAGCCCUCAGGACGGCCUCAAUUCAUUUACAUUUACGUCAUUUAGCAGACGCUCUUAUCCAGAGUGACUUACAAAUUGGUGCAUUCACCCUAUAGCCAGUGGGAUAACCACUUUACACAUUAAAAAAAAAAUUUUUUGGGGGGGUGGGUAGAAGGAUUACUUUAUCCUAUCCCAGGUAUUCCUUAAAGAGGUGGGGUUUCAAAUGUCUCCGGAAGGUGGUGAGUGACUCCUGGCGUCGUUGGGGGCAUGGACUCUACAAGGUGUCGAAAGCGUUCCACAGGGAUGCUGGCCCCAUGUUGACUCCAAUGCUUCCCAAAGUUGUGUCAAGUUGGCUGGUUGUCCUUUGGGUGGUGGACCAUUCUUGAUACACACAGGAAACUGUUGAGCGUGAAAAACCCAGCAGCAUUGCACAUUUUUGACACAAACCGGUGCACCUGGCACCUACUACCAUACCCCCGUUCAAAGGCACUUACAUUUUUUGUCUUGCCCAUUCACCCUCUGAAUGGACACAUACACAAUCCAUGUCUCAAUUGUCUCAAGGUUUAAAAAUCCUUCUUUAAACUGUCUCCUCCCCUUCAUCUACACUGAUUGAAGUGGAUUUAACAAGUCACAUCAAUAAGGGAUCAUAGCUUCCACCUGGUCAGUCAUAGCUUAUAUAUAUAUAUAUAUAUAUAUAUAUAUAUAUAUAUAUAUAUACAUAUAUAUACAUAUAUACAUAUAUAUACAUACAUACAUACAUACAUACAUACGUACUUACACCACUGGGUGCACCGAUGGUAUCUGUAGUACUCUGUAUCAGCCUGAUAAGGGACUCAUCUGAAAAAAAUGAUGGCAUCAGUGCACCCCAAUCCUCUACUCCAAUAAAUAGGAUAUCAGGAAACACAUUCUUCUCUCUUGGUUGCUUUUGAUUGAGCUAAUUUCUCAUUGGCUCUGUGUGUUUUUGAAACAGCUGGACAUUUAUGAAAUGAUCGGCCAAGCCAUCAGCAGCUCUCGCAGAGCUGGAGGAGAGCAUUACCAGAACUUCCAGCUGCUGGGCGCGUGGUGUCUUCUGAACAGCCUCUACCUGAUACUGAACCUGAGUCCCACAGCCCUGGCCGACAAGGGCAAGGAGAAGGACCCUCUGGCCGCCCUCAGGGUCCGAGACAUCGCAUCCCGCACCAAGGACGGCGCCGGGUCCCCUAAACUGGGCCCUGCCAAAGGGUGGGUGGCGCUCUUGUAGUUUUUCACCGUUGUUGUGCUGAUAAAUGGUUAAUGGUAAGAUUGCGUACAACAAUCUCCAUGAAAUUAACAUAAAGUGACAACUAACGAUCCUACCUUAAACUGUCUACAUUUUCCAAGCAAUAUAUAACUAUUUGAGAAUAUACUUUUAUUUUCAAAACUUUGGACCUGAAAGUACCAAAGAAAGACCAAUGAAAACGUCUGUUUGCUGUUCCGGUGUUCUCUCGCCUCAGACAUCAAGGCUUUGGUGUCCUGUCGGUGAUCCUGGCUAACCACGCCAUCAAGCUGCUCACCUCCCUGUUCCAAGACCUGCAAGUGGAGGCUCUGCACCGGGUCAGUGCAGUAAGUAACAAACACUCUCUCCACUGCUGCUUAUUGGACGGUUACAUGGACACAACGUUUCUUAUCGAACUGGGACACAAAUAUUUUGAAAAUAUGUUCUCAGGCUAACAACCAGAUAUAUAUAUAUAUACCCUUUGAUAGAUUAAUGAUAUAUGAAAAAUAUGAUUUAUCAAUAAAAAUCCAGCCCACACCAUACAUGGAUCAAUCAUUAUUUUCAUUAUUUUCAUAAUUGAUGAUGAUUCUUAUGCUUGAGACCCAGUGAAGCUCCAGCCCUCUGUCUCCCUCUCUCUCUGUCUCCCUCUCUCUCUGUCCCCCUCUCUCUUUGUCCCCACUCUGUCUCUCUCUCUCCCCGUCUCUCUGUCCCCCUCUCUCUGUCCCCCUCUCUGUCUCCCUGUCUCUCUGUCUCCCCUGUCCCUGUCUCCCCUGUCCCUCUCUCCGUCUCCCUCUGUCCCCCUCUCUCUGUCCCCCCCCCUCUCUCCGUCUCCCUCUGUCUCCGUCUCCCUCUGUCCCCCCCCCCUCUCUCCGUCUCCCUCUGUCUCCGUCUCCCUCUGUCCCCCUCUCUCUGUCUCCCUCUGUCCCCCUCGCUCCGUCUCCCUCUGUCCCCCUCGCUCUGUCUCCCUCUGUCCCCCUCUUUCCCUCUCUCUGUCCCCCUCUCUCUGUCCCCCCCUCUCUGUCUCCCCCUCGUCUCCCCUUCUGUACCGCUCUCCCUCCCCCUCUGUUCCCCCUCGUCUCCCCCUCUGUUCCCCCUCGUCUCCCCCUCUGUUCCCCCUCGUCUCCCCCUUCUGUACCGCUCUCCCUCCCCCUCUGUUCCCCCUCCCCUCCUCCCCGUCUGUUCCCCCCCUCCCCCUCUGUUCCCCUCCCUCCCACCCCCCCUCUCUCCCCCUCCUUCCUUCUCCUCUCUCCCUCCCUCUCUCCCCAGGGUUGGGCAAGUGACGGGCCCCCAGCAGAGCUCAACAUCAUGGCCCAGAGCACCUCCAUCCAGAGGGUGCAGAGACUCCUAGACUCUGUUCCCCUUACCAACCUGCUGUUCAACCUGCUCUCCACAUCAUACAAGAAGGUAUUUACCAAAACUGUUUUUAAAUUAUAUAUACUGAACAAAAUGGUCCCAUGUUUUUCCAUACGCACAAAAAGCUUAUUUCUCUCAAAUGUUGUGCACAAAUUUGUUUACAUCCCUGUUAGUGAGCAUUUCUCCUUUGCCAAGAUAAUCCAUCCACUUGACAGGUGUGGUAUAUCAAGAAGCUGAUUAAACAGCAUGAUCAUUACACAGUUGCACCUUGUGCUGGGGACAAUAAAAGGCCACUCUAAAGCGUGCAGUUUUGUCUCACAACACAAUGCCACAGAUGUCUCAAGUUUUCAGGGAGCGUGCAAUUGGCACGCUGACUGCAGGAAUGUCCACCAGAGCUGUUGCCAGAGAAUUUAAUGUUCAUUUCUCAACCAUAAGCCGCCUCCAACAUCGUUUUAGAGAAUUUGUCAGUAUGUCCAACCGGCCUCACAACCGCAGACCACGUGUAACCACGCCAGCCCAGGACCUCCACAUCUGGCUUCUUCACCUGCCACCCUGACAGCUGACGAAACUGAGGAGUAUUUCUGUCUGUAAUAAUGGCCUUUCGUGGGGAAAUACUCAUUCUGAUUGGCUGGGCCUGGCUGCCCCGUGGCCCACCCAUGGCUCCACCCCUGCCCAGUCAUAUGAAAUACAUAGAUUAGGUCCUAAUGAAUUUAUUUAAAUUGACUGAUUUCCUUCUAUGAACUGUAACUCAGUAAAAAUCUUUGAAAUUGUUGAAUGUUUUAUAUGUUUUAUAUUUUUGUUGAGUAUAUUAAAAAUAUAUAUAUUUUGAUGUAACAGAGAGGAUGACAGUUGGGGAAAAUAGAGGUUGUUUCAAAGGGCAGACAGUAGGCCAGAUUCACCACCAUAGAUGUGUGCUGGAGGCUCCAGCAUUACCACUAAACCAGCCAGGCCACUACCGUAUGGUCUCAUCUGGUCCUCAUAGGCCUGCCAUGCGGGCAUCAUGUGGUAACCACACUUUUAAUCUGGUAUAGUCUGUAUGUGACAUGGAAACCGCUCUUCCUCUAUGACACUUGAUCUGUGUCUGCAUUCUCCUCCAGUAAAUAAUUAUUACAAUCUGCCACUCAGUUUUUGACAAAUCCUCAAUUUCUAUCCCUGCUUCUAAUACAGCAGGCUUUGAAGGCUUUGAAAAAGGUAUAAGCGCCUGGCCUGAAUAAUGCCUGUCUUGACGUGUUGCACCCCCCCCCCCCCCCUCACCUCCAGGCCUGUGUGCUGCAGCGCCAGAGGAAAGGCUCUGUCAGCAGUGACGCCAGUGCAUCCACAGACUCCAACACCUACUAUGAAGACGACUUCAGCAGCACAGAGGAGGACAGCAGCCAAGGUACUGCCCUAUCCCCUCAUCCCUCUCUCUCGCUCGCUCGCUCUCUCUUUCUUUCUCUCUCUCUCUCUCGCUCGCUCGCUCGCUCGCUCGCUCUUUCUCUCUCCCUCUCUCUGUCUCUCGCUCUGUCGCUCUCUCUCUCUGUCUCUCGCUCUCUUUCUCUCUCUCGCUCGCUCGCUCUCUUUCUCUCGCUCUCGCUCUCUCUCGCUCUCUCUCUCUUUCUCUCCACUCCCCCGCGUCACAAAGGACCGCAUCACUUCCUUCUCAUUUCCUAUCACGAGGGCUGAGAGCGCUCCCAAGUCGUCAUAUACAUUGUAAAAACUUUGACGCCAACCACAUACAUAAAUCAGAGAUGCUGUGUAUUUUAAAGAUAUUAGGCAGAGAGUAGAUGGAAGUGGUCUUGUCUGCCAGAUCUGAUAACCUUUUUUUGAAAGUGUUCUAGAAGUGUAAUGCUGUGUCUGUGUGACAGCUGCUGUGUCUGAAGGUGUGUGUUACCUUUUUUUUUUUGAAAGCUGUUUUUUUUGUGUGUGUUUGUUUUUUUAACUGUGUGUCUGGGCUAGCGUCAGGCCUGAGGAGAGUCAAGAAUGUGUUCAGGCAGUUGUUGUGCGCUGCAGGACGUUGUAGAAUCACCACAGGGGGAAGUAGCAGUAGCAGCCGCAGCCGCAGGGUAGACACAGCAGGUAGGUCAGUGGAGGCUGGUGUCACUUUUUAA